AUGGCCCCCCGUAAGCGCAAGAAAGACGCCCCCGGGUCAUCGGAAGACGACCCCGACGGCUCCGCCGUCCGCAUCAACGGCGGGGGGGCCGAUCCGCCGGCGAGGGCCAUGAUCACGCGCAGGCGGGCGCGAGAGGCGCAUAUCCCAACCCCCGAGUCCAAGGCCGAUCGAUCGCGGGCCAAGAAUGCGCGCCGGGUGCCAGCCCCGGGGAUCGACGGGAGUCCGGAGGCAGCCAGGGCGCCGAGGGAGGGGCCUGGGGGGCGCCUGGGGGAUGAUCCCGUGCUUGAUGCGGUGGUGAAGGUUUUUUGCAUCCACACGGAGCCGAACUUCUCGCUGCCGUGGCAGCGGAAGAGGCAGUACUCGUCGAGCGGGAGCGGGUUCGCGAUCCCGGGGAGGAGGAUACUGACCAACGCGCACUGCGUGGACCACCACACCCAGGUCAAGGUCAAGCGGCGUGGCUCAGACGUGAAAUACGUGGCCCAGACCAUGGCGGUGGGCCCUGAGUGUGACAUCGCCAUGCUGCGAGUUGACCAUCCAGACUUCUGGGACGGCCUGGAGCCGGUGGACUUUGGUGAGCUGCCCCAGCUCCAAGACGCUGUUACUGUGAUAGGCUACCCAAUUGGUGGCGACACCAUGUCAGUCUCCAGUGGCGUGGUGUCUCGAAUCGAGGUCACACCCUAUGUGCAUGGGGCGGCAGACUUGCUGGGAGUGCAGAUCGAUGCGGCGAUCAAUGCAGGCAAUAGUGGGGGCCCAGCAUUCAAUGAGGCUGGGGAGUGUGUGGGGAUCGCCUUCCAGAGCUUGAAGAGUGAGGAUGUUGAGAAUGUGGGGUACAUUAUUCCCACGCCCGUGAUUGAGCACUUUAUCACGGACUUUGAGCGCAAUGGCAGGUACAUGGGCUUCCCUUGCCUGGGCAUUGAGUGGCAGAAGAUGGAGAACCCCCACCUUCGUGAGGGGCUGGACAUGCGCCCUGGGCAGAAGGGCGUGCUGGUGCGACGAAUCGAGCCCACGUGCCCGGCCUCACAACACAUCGACCAGUACGACAUCUUGAUGAAGUUCGACGGGGUCGACAUCGCCAACGAUGGGACAGUACCCUUCCGGAGUGGGGAGCGGAUCGGUUUCACCUACCUUGUGUCGCGGAAGUACAUUGAUGACGAGGUGGAGGUAUCGCUGCUGAAAAAGGGGGGCCGGGAGAUGACUGUCAACAUCAGGCUGCAUGCACCAUACCGGCUGAUCCCUGUGCAUGUGGGCGGAAAGCCCCCUUCGUACUUUAUCAUUGGAGGUCUGGUGUUCACGCCGGUCACCGUGCCGUACUUAAGGUCAGAAUAUGGAAAGGAGUACGACUUUGAUGCUCCUGUGAAGUUGUUGGACCGGAUGCUGCAUUCCAUGGCUGAGGAGAAGGAGCAGCAGGUGGUGGUGCUGAGUCAGGUGCUGGCAGCGGACCUCAGCAUCGGCUAUGAGGACAUCGUCAACACGCAGGUGCUGGCCCUGAACGGUCAGAAGAUCCACAGUCUACGAACACUGGUGGACCUGGUGGACAGCUGCAAGGACAAAUACCUGCAUUUCGACCUUGACUACAAUCAGAAGGUGGUCCUUGAGGCCAAGGCGGCACGGGCAGCCACCAAGUCAGUUUUGCAGGUGCACUGCAUACCGUAUGACAGGUCAGAAGACCUCAGGAAGGGUCCCAAGGGGCGGUUAGGACAGUCCCAAUAG